UUAUCGAUGAAAAAAUAUAUUUAUUACAGAAAAUUAUUACGAAAUAACAAAGAUUAUUUGGUUUUAAUGGUAACGUAAUCGCGACUGCGCAAUCAACCGAAAUAGCAUAAUCCUCUGUGCGUAGGACGUUAUACUCCUACUGCCCUUUGUAUUAACCUCACAUAUAUACACAUAUAUACACAUAUUCUCAUCCAGAAAAAGUGGUUGAGCUCCAGAGGCGGUCUUAACGAGAUUGCUUUAAAGAAUCUUAGCAAGGAAAUUCGCAGUAAACGUUGUGCUUGAUUCUCAGUCAAACGACGUCUUUGGUGUGCCUUCUCACGAAAAAAAAUACUCUUUACGCGUUUUGUUUUUAUCUCUCUUUCUCUCCCCUCAAUUUUAUACUCAUCCCCUCUCGGUCAUUCUUUGUCAAUUUUCUCUCUCUCUCUCUCUCUCUCUCUCUCUCUCUCUCUCUCUCUCUCUCUUGUGGUUUCACACUUCCUCGUAUCUAAGCUCGUACCACUGACAUUUCAUUGUCAUACAUGUGACAAAUUAAACUGCCGUUAAAAAUAAAUAAAAGAAUGUCGAAACCUGGUGACAGACAAAGUUACGCACAGACCUACAAACUCGUUGUUGUGGGUGGUGGUGGUGUUGGAAAAUCAGCGAUUACAAUACAAUUCAUUCAAAGUUAUUUUGUGACUGACUAUGAUCCAACAAUUGAAGAUUCAUAUACAAAACAAUGUGUCAUCGAUGAUGUCCCAGCAAAACUUGAUAUAUUGGAUACUGCUGGACAAGAAGAAUUUAGUGCAAUGCGUGAACAGUACAUGAGAAGUGGGGAAGGUUUCCUGCUUGUAUUUUCAGUUACAGACCAUUCAUCGUUUGAUGAAAUUUUAAAAUUUCAUAGACAAAUUCUCAGAGUGAAAGAUCGCGAUGAAUUUCCUAUGCUUAUGGUUGGAAAUAAAGCUGAUUUAGAUCACCAAAGAAUUAUAUCCGUCGAAGAAGCACAAAAUAUGGCACGUCAAUUAAAAAUUCCAUACAUUGAAUGUAGUGCUAAGUUAAGGAUGAAUGUGGAUCAAGCAUUCCACGAAUUAGUUAGAAUUGUUCGAAAAUUUCAAUUAUCUGAAAGACCACCGCUUAAACCAAACUAUAAGAAAAAUAAGAAGAAAUGUUGCAUGCUAUAAAUUUGUUUGGAAGCAUUGAAACAUUCUUCCGAUGCCAAAUACCAUUGGUGAAACUUCAUGGAAAAUUACAAAACAUCGAAUAGUAACAAUGCAAGGAAUAUUGCGAUUAUUUUGAUAUUAUGAUUAUAUCACAUAAAAACAAAAACAAAAGUAUUAGAAUACAUUUUAAUACACGAAAAUCUCAUUAGUUAUUAACAAAAUUGUUGGAAUCAUUGAUAGAUAAAGUUGAAUUUAAAUUAUUUUAUUUUAAAUGGUUUAUAUUACAUGAGACUUUUUAUAAAAAAAUAAUCAAAAGUUCGAAUAUGGUUUUUUGACCAUGUAUUUUUUUCAACUAUCAAAAGAUUGAUAAGUCUGUUUUUUAAAAAUAAUCGUUUAUAAAAAAAAGUGAUUAAAAGUAACAAAAUAACACGAAUGCUAUUUUAUAAACAGAUUUAUACAAAAUAACAUAAUUGCUUGAUAAAAUUUACUGAUAAUUUAUAUAUCAGAAUUUAUAUCAUAUGUGUGUAUAUUAACCGAUUUUAUGACAAAUUUUCCAUAUCGAUUAGAAUGGAGAAUAGUCUUAGAAAAUCCAAGGAUGCAAAAGCAUUGUGUACGAUAAAAACAAUUUAUAUACAUUUCAUUUGUACCUCUUCUCACAGAAAUAGUACAAUAAUCUAAUGUUUAAGUAGUAUUUUUUAAUCAAGUAUUCUCUUGUAGAUCAAGAGUAAUUAUUAUAAAAUUAGAUUAAAAUUAAUCUCUUCGUAUAAAUGCACAAGAUUUAUUAUUAAAUUUUUCACAAUCUAUAUUUGCGUAGGAUUUUCUUGGUUUGUUAUGUACUAAUGAAUUAACUUAGUAAUAAUAAUAAACAACGUUAUAAUUUAAGUUUCAGUGCAAAUACAAGAAAAGCUGCAAUUUGUCAUAUAGUUUAAAGAGUAUUUUCAACAUAAAACAAAAAACCAAUUAGGUACAUAAAUUAGUUGAAUAUAUUCAGAGUUAAAUAAAUCUGUUAAUUUAAAAUUAAUUUGAAAUUUUUAAAAGAAAUUUAAUAUUUGAGAGAUAUUUCAUUUAUAUUUUCAGUUUAAAUAAUAUAAAAAAAAAAAAAAAAAAAAGAAAGAAGUUAACAAUAUGUGCCUAUGAUAAUAUGCGAUAUUUGAUGUGCAUGUAUUAUUAUUAUUAAUAUAUCUCGAUGUUUAUGAAGAAUUAUUUAUUUAUUGAUCUAUACUCGUUUUGUCAUUAGGAUAAGAAAAUAACGAAUAAUGCAGAAAUGAAACCAGUAACAUAAUAUGGGGCCAAUAACAAAUGUAACGCACAAUUCAUUCUUCUAACUACCAGUCCUCCCAAUCUAUGUAACAAAAUAGAUACUAACAAUCAAUGUACUACACAUGGUAUUUUUUAUAACAAUAUAAUGUAUUUGAUAUAAUCUUACAAAUAUUUAAACAUAGUAAGAAACAUGUAAUUCAUCACGUUUUUUCAAAAGUAUAUUUUGUACUUAACUUAAAUUAUCGUCUACCAUUAUCACGUCAAAUGUGCUCUGUAAUUCAUUAUAAACAUUAUUGUCACACUUUUAAGUGUCGUAUAAUCUAUGCAAUUUAAGACGAAACCAUAGAUUAUAUCCUUUUAUCUCAUCAUUUCUUUUAAACUUUCUCCAUAAACUAAAUAAAAAAGUCGCUUGAA